GGCUGCGGACACCCGCGGCUGCUGCCGAGCGAGCGCGCCGCACGGAGCCCGGCCAGCCCCGCCAGACCUGCCGCCCUCCGCAGCCGGCGCACCAUGGCUGAAAAAUCGGCGAAACCAGCGAAACGGUUAUCCUCAGAGUCAAACUCCCAUGAGGGCGCUACGGCAGGAGAAAUAAGUGCUCUGGAAGAGGCCUUUAGAAAAUUUGCAGUCCAUGGUGAUACAAGAGCCACAGGAAAAGAAAUGCAUGGGAAGAACUGGUCAAAGCUAUGUAAGGACUGCAAUAUCAUAGAUGGGAAGAAUGUGACAACCACAGAUGUUGACAUCGUCUUCAGUAAAAUCAAGGGAAAGUCUGUAAGAACUAUUACUUUUGAGCAGUUUAAGGAAGCUCUUCAAGAACUCUCCAAGAAGCGAUUUAAAGGCAAAAGUGAUGAGGAAGCACUUCAAGAAAUGUAUAAACUAAUUGAAGGAAAAGGCCCAGGUUUAACUGGAGUAACGAAAACCGUUGCAUCUCCAACUGUUUCACGCCUUACAGAUACUUCAAAAUUCACGGGUUCUCACAAAGAGAGGUUUGAUGCCAGUGGGAAAGGAAAAGGCAAAGCUGGCCGAGAAGAUCUGGUGGAUAACUCAGGAUAUGUAUCUGGUUAUAAGCAUGCAGGCACAUACGAUCAUAAAGUACAAGGAAACAACUCCAAUGACAAUUAAAAACAGUCCAGCUUCCCAGGGGAAACAGAAUCUAGUUUUCUUCCCUGAUGCUACUGUGAACACAAGAUCAGACAACAUUUCCAAGGAAAAAGAAAUAAA